AACGCCACAUAAAUGAUCCUCGAGUCCAACUCGUCUCCUCGUCUUCCCCCAAAUCAGUCGCUGGCCGGCGGCGCCGCGCUCGGCGUUCGCGAUUCCCAUCCUCUCCGGCGGCUGGCAGCGGCAUAGACGUAGACGGCGCCGACAGGAGCGAGGUCGCGGUGGCCCGCCUCCCCCGACGACGCCCUCGUGGAGAUCCUCUCGCGCCUCAACGCCAAGUCCCUGUGCCGGUCCAAGUGCGUCUCCAAACCCUGGCGCGACCUCAUCGCCGACCGACUCCGCUGCAGGAAUCUCCCCCAAACCCUACAAGGAUUCCUCUACUUCGACGGCGGCAGCGAUGGCGAUGCCAGCGGAGAUCUCGUCGGCAGCCGCAGCGAGAAGAUGCCUCGCCCUAACUAUGGCCGUUUCAUCAACAUGUUAGGUGAAUCCGUGCAGGUGCCACUCUUGGACCCCACGUUCGCCUUCAUGAAGGAGCAGCUGGAUGUUGAGGGCAUCAGGAUCUUGGAUUCUUGCAACGGCCUCCUCCUCUUUGGGCAUAGAUGGGGUUCAGACACGCAUGAUUCACGGGGCUACAUUGUGUGCAACCCAGUCACCGAGCAAUGGGUUGCGGUGCCCAGCUCCGGCUUGACUCCGCCUCCACCAGCUGAGGGCGUGGACGAGGAAGACAGUGAAAAUGAUGUGCGCACCUUUUUGCAUUUCGACCCAUCCAUCUCCUCGCACUUCGGCUUGGUCCAGUUCUGGCAGGAUGAAUAUCGGGAGAAUGUGGAAGGGGUGCGCACCUAUUCAUCUGAGUGUGGCUUAUGGAGUGACAGGCAUAGUUUUAAAUCUCCGGCUAUAGCUGUUUUUGGCUCAUCAAGCUAUGACAAAUAUCCCGCUAUAUCCCGCUAUAGCCCGCUAUAUUCUCGUUUAGCCUCCGCUAUAACUGUUUUAGAGGUCAUCCGCUAUAUACUUUUAGCCGGAGAUUUAAAACCAUGGUGACAGGUCAAGUGAAUGGAGGCAAUGGCAAAGUGAAGGUGGACGAGGCGCAUGGUCUUACUAUGGAGUCAUAGGUCAUGGUAGGGCUUUUGUUAAUGGCCUGUUGCAUUUUCUCUUCCUCCAAUUUGGGCUACAGGAUUACUAUAAAAUAGUUGCAGUGGACAAUCAAGGGAAGACAUGUAAGGUCAUCUGCUGGCCAAAUGAGGAUCAAAAUCCCAAUCCUGCUUUUAUUGGUCAAUCGCAAGGGCGCCUGCAUUGUAUCGGUGAACCCGGAAAACGAAAGGUUGAAGGCAAUGAUUCCAUAUACACUGGGCUGUCCGUUUGGGUUCUUGAGGACUACGUUUGGGUUCAUGUUCGGAGAGUGUUUGUGUGUGCAUGAUGUGUUACAUGGAGAGAUUCUACAAGAGUGUUCUUUUUGUGAAAUGAA